AUGGAUUUGGGCUCAAGCGCAUUGGGUCCACCAGCUCGGGCAGAGACGCCAGAUGUUGGCCUCACCCGUCGGGCUGCCAGACUUUCCAGGAUCCGAAAAGCGACACAGGGAGGAGAGGGCAUCGAACAGUCGAGAGACGCCUGCUCGGCCGCCAGAGAUCCGGGGAUGGAUGGCAAGGAACAGCCGGUGAUCAUUGACCAGGACAGCGCUCAAAUGAAGACGACCCAACCCCAAAUUGUAAAGUAUCUUCUGAUGGAAAGUGGGAGUAUGAAGGAGGAACUAAGGGCAGUGAAAGAAGAACUUGACGGAGUUAAGACACUAAACAAAAUGCUGGAUGCAGAACGGGGCAAUGCGAGGAGAGAAGUGGAAAAGUUGCGGAUGGAGCUGGAAAAUAUCUCGACGUCGUCAUCGUUCGAAGGAAGCGAUGCGGAUCUGAAGAAGAAAAUCAAAAAGCUUGAAAAAAGCUUAGAGAGGGCUAAUAGUGAAAUAGCGAAAGGGGAGACAGCUAUCAUGAUACUGGAAGGAGAAAAGGAAGGACUGACAGACGAGUUGGAGAAGAUGAGGAGGGAGAAGAAGACCUCAAAAUCUUCCAGGCUCCGGGAGGAAGAACCACGCUGUCAAUCACGUCUUGAGGGAGCUAGAAUGACUGUAGUUGAGAAACAAAUCAAGAUACUAACUGAAGAGCGAGACAAAGCGAUGAGAGAGGUUGAGAAUCUAAAGUUCGAACUUGAGAACACUCCUUGCACUUCUUUCCAGGGAUCCGUUGCAGAUCUCAAACGAGAAAUUAGGAUACUGGAGAAGAAAAUAAAGACUGCUGGGGAUGAGGUUAUCAAUGCAGAAUCCAGCAUUCUAGUCUUAGAAGGAGAGAAGGAAGAACUGAUGGACCAAAUAGAUAAGAUGAAGAAACGAAAGAAGAAACCAUUAAGCUCUAAAAACAGAGAUAAUGACGAGGAACUCGAACAAUUACAGGAAUUACUCUCCGUAGUGCAAUCCACCAUGGGUCUCCCAGAGAAUAUGUCGCCGGUGGACUCGGCUGCCAAGCUGAGGGAGAAAUGGCAUUCGCAAGAGACCCGAUUUCACCAACUACGAGAUGGAUUAGAAGAGAUUACUGAAAGGAAAAGGACUGCUUGCACGAACACACAGCUCUUGAGGGAGGCUGUAGAGAAGAUUCUCGAGGUUGAGCCAGGCUCGAUGGAGAUCGUCGACCUGGUCGACAAGAUACAGGAUAUCGGGCAGUUCUACGCGCUAAAGAUCGACAACAUGCAUGCUAGACUGGAAGCAAAACAACAGGCAACUGCUACAGACAUGGACAUCAAAUUCAAAAAGAAGACGAAGAUCCCAGAAUUCCUUGCUCUCUUCGGCAGUGUGUGGAAUAAACAGCAAGAUCUGGUGACGUCACUAGACAAGAAACUUCUUGAAAGUGACUGCCGGAUUGAGGAGUUAGAGGCUGCCUUGGAUCAGAUGAAGGAAGAAUUAGAACAGACGACAACUCCAAAAGAAAUUAAGAAAAAGAAGAAAAGACUUCUGAGGACCAUCAUCAACACAAUGAUACCAGAACAAACGGUAGAUGAGAAGGAUGAUAAACUAAAGACUCAGGCUGAUCAGAUCCGUCGCUUGGAGGCCAUUCAAGAAUCUAAAUACAGACAAGACCACGAAGUACUUGCCCUUCACCGAGAGAGCACCGCCAUCAGACAAACCAAUGAUGAACUCCAGGAGAAACAAAGAGAACUUGAGGAAGUCAUCGAGGACCUCAACCACAGUCUCGAUGAGGAGAAACAAACCGUCCAAGAACUUCGUCAACUAAUCCAGAUUUAUGAGGGUCGAGGUCUUGGGGCAGUCCUCCGCCAUGAGAGAAUACAACACAUACAGGGUGAUGAGCAAAUGAAAACCGCCAAUGAUCGUAAGCCAGAUACAAAGCUCUGAGAAGCGUAUCCACAUUGGAUGUCACUUGAUUGCAUUGCUUGUGAAAGUCGGACUCUCUG